AUGUUUGGCAACUCCAUUGCCUCUUCUUCGACCCCCUCCAAGCCGACAUCCCCCUCCACUGCACUCCCUGCGAGACCGCCGCCUCGGUCGUCGAGGCGACAGAUGCCUAGUUCGGCUGCCAUGUUCGUGUUUGCCAUGGUGGUCCCUAUGGUCGCCGCAAACCCCAUACCUAUCGACUCCCAGACUCGCCCAAGAUUACGAAUAUCGCCUUCAUCCAUCGCGGCCCUCCUUCCGCCCAAUCUUCCGUCCCCACCAUCUAUGAGCUCUUUUCCCCUAGUGCACCUCUUUUCUGCUACAGGAGAGUCACUGGCGCGGAGAACAAAUGUCACGGGACCGAUCCUAGACGUCGCUCUAUACGAUCCAUCAUCGCAAGCCUAUCGUCUACCAGAUAAUUACAUCAAACUCAACCAGCAUUUGACACCGGGCUACAUCGUCCUGUCGUACGCGAUAGCCUUUGUGGGCUCCCUGUGUACGCUGGAGCUGCUGAUACGGCGGACGACCAACAGCGGUUGGCGUAACCAAGUGCUGCUCACCGCUGCUGGUAUCUGCUUUGGUGCAGUCUCCACCUUUGCGAUGCACUUUAUCUUCAACAACGCGCUCGUACUCAAACACCCCAUCCACUCCGAAUACCCCGAUAUCUACCUUGCCUACAAUGCAGGCUUCACUGUGCUGUCGCUGGUGGUCUCGUGUCUCGCCAUGACAUUCGCCUUCUAUGUGAUGGGCACAAAGUUUAGCGACUGGUCAUUCAAAAAGAGUGCGAAGAAGAGUAGUCGGGGCAGAAUUAAGAGGGGAUCAGACAACAGAGCAAGUAUCGAUGCGGACGAAUACAGAGAGUGGAAGUCUACCCAUCGGAAAGUGCUGCGCAGAGGGACGAUUGGGCCUGGGAUUCCCCCUCGAGGUGGCAGUCAGUCCAAUUGGUCUGCUCUUGAACCGGAGAGCUAUUCCCAGCGGCCCUCAAUCAAAGACAGAAUGAUUUUCGGAUCCCGAAUGCGGUCAGGAUGGAAAGAUGAUUUGGGCAACAUGUACGGCGAGAGAGAUAAGGAUCUUCGGGAGCUGGAGUUUAGAUUGGGGAAAGUGGCGGUAGAGAGAGAAUUGGCCAAGAGGGCAAAUGGUGACCGAGAAGACACCCACGACGACUGUCAUCCGCCCUCAAGAAGGCCCUCUCUCAUCCUCGCCCACGAUUUUGCUGGCCAAAGGCCAUCUUCGCGACGCGGCUCUACCAUUUUCACGCCCGGCUUCAAUUUCCCUUCUUCUACCUUUACCCAAACCCAUCAUGAAGAUCCUGGACCUUUGCGGCCCGCAUCCCCCGACACCCCUUUUCCCUCAUCCGCUCGCCUGGAAUGGCGCCGAUCGUCCCUCCCGACUGAUAUGCUUUCUUCACAAAGAAUCGAGCGUCCCUUUCCAGGACACACCGAUCUUGCCCGUAUCCUAUCCCUUCCAGAAGGCGAUGUAGACCCAAAUCUCUCUACCAGUCCCGAUCGAUCUCACGCCUCGCAAGGCUCACAGUCUGAAGACGAAGGCAAAGGGUCUCUGGAGGACGACGUCACAGAGUUGAACCACGAAAAGUCAAAUUACGAUGGCUAUAUCAAAAAGAAGAAGGCCAAUAUGGUGGAUAAAAAUGGAGUCUGGGGAAAGCUCGGUGUGAUCUUGGGAUUUGACGUUGUCACCUUGGGAGAAGUCGUCAAGAUCUUUGUGACUGGGGCUGUUGCUGGAUUUGGCGUUGUUGGGAUGCAUUACAUCGGGCAAGCGUCUAUCAUUGGCAUUCCUUACGUUGCCUAUAGACCGGGCUAUGUAGUCGGGUCGGUUGUCAUUGCCUGUGGUGCCGUCAUCAUCGCGCUCUACAUCAUGUUCAUCAUGCUUCGACCAAAGCUCAAGCAUACUUGGUGGUCCAAGAUACUUGUGGCGCUCAUUUUGACCGUUGCUGUUUGUGCCAUGCACUUCUGUGGCAUGAUGGGGACUAUAUACGCUUGGCCCAGAGACAAGGGAACCUCAAAGCACUCUCAACUCACUGGAACCAAUGCCGCCAUCACCGGUGUCGUCGCUGCCCUCGCCUUCACGGCCUGUAUCGCGUGUGCGGUCUUUUUCGUCCUCCACUCUCUUCAUCAACGCCGCGAGCAAGCCCGUCGCCGACGUGUUGUUGUUGCGUCAGUCAUGUUUGACGACCGCGACCGUAUCCUGGUCAGCUCGACAGACGGCAUGCUGCCCAUGUGCGAUAUCGCCAAUUUGACUGGCGGAGUACACUCCUCGAGUGGAAAAGCGUCGUUCAUCCAGAGCAUGACCUCCGAUUCAACAGUGCUGGGGCUGGAUUUGAGUACGGGCCAUGAGGCUUUUGUUUCGGCGUUAAAGUUGUCGUGGUUGUGGAAGAGCCCCGCGGGCUCCCACAUGAGCGCAUCCGGUUCCAUCGACGGCAAGAGUCAGACACAGUCUGAAAAUAACUUUGCUGCCACACUGGCCGAUAUCCGACGAGGAUCUAUGGGGACUUCCAACAUCACUACCACUGCCACAGGCAGCAGAGCGGUGCCAAUCAGCAUCACCAAAUUCCUGGAAAAGUUUUCCAUCAGUGCGGGGCAAUUGGCGUUGCGGUUGACGGGCCAGAUGAAUGGUAUCACCAGAUUGGGUGUCUUGUACGACCAAAUCCUCACUACCGGAUGGGUAAAGCUUGAGAAUAGCACAGAUACUGUCUCCAAGGGUCAGUUGAUCUUCUUGGUGCGACGUGUAACCUCCGCAGCGGAAAGGUUUGACCUUCAAUCACGACACUUCAUGUUCGCCGAGCCUGCCGCUGUUGCAAGCGCACUGCACAGGACGCUCUCUGUGCCGUACGACCACAUCAUGCCCCUCCUUAGUGACAUCAGAACGUUCUGCGACUCUACUGUCCACUGCACUAUUCAGCCCGGGAAACUCUACGCGGGAGUCGCCGUUGUGCAGGCCACCCCGUUUGAUGGACUGCGAAUUUUGCUGGAGAAGGACAAUCGGAGUCAGUUGCCUAUGCGCGAGAUCUGUACCCUCGGAGCGCCCCCUUCGGAAGAGGAAGGCCUCAGUGGUACCGCAGAGGAAAUGGGCGAGGCUUUGUCUCUUUUACAAGGUCUCACCAUGCUCAGUGUCAUCACUCGCCAUGUUGAACUCGACAUUGACGCCACAGACCAGGCUCUCUCUCAAAGGGUGAAUGCGCUCCUCGCCGCGCUCGAGAGGGCUAUCGUCCCGAUGUUGGACGAUAUCCUGACGGGCGAAGACAUGAUCCACAUACUUCCUCGUCUCAGUCUUCAUCCCAUUCUCAUUCCCCUCACUCCUGGCGGCCGACAAUUGGCCACCCUGCCAGGGAAACGAUCAGCCUACACCCCGCCCUACACCAUCGUCUUUUACGCCAACUAUGACGCCGCAGUCAACACGUUUACCGAUCAAUGGCUGCCUUUCGGACUUUUCCGCGCGCAAAGCUCUUGUGUGACGGCGCAAAAGGUGCAAGUGGGGCAGAGGAUGGAGAAAAUCUGGGCCGAGACGGAUGAAGAGUCUGGUCAUGCACCGGGGAGGAGGCCGAGCAAGGUGCAAUUCGAUUUCCCGUCUCAUUCCGGGGGACAAUCGUCUUCAACCGCUGCUUCCUCCUCCGGGCCGGCGUUUGACAACAAUCUCUUCAACGGAUUCUCUUUCACACCUAAGACAGAGGAUGGUGUCGACGGGGGCAACCCUGACACCGUUCAACGUCGUUCGUCCCUGAAGCAAAGUACUUUUGUGCCCACUCAGGUUCGAAAGAACUCUUCGGUGCCCAGUCGGGUCAAUUCGGUGGCCUCCAGUUCAGACGGUCCCAGUGGCGGAAGUACCACUGGCACUUUGGGCUUGGGCAUUCGGGACGUCAAUAUGGGGUUGGGGACUGCGGAGGGCCCCAGUAUGGCCAAAGAGAUCGUAAUGAGGCAAGUCUUGCCAGGAGUAGGGUUGUGGGACCAGGAUUGGUUGUUGAACCUGCUCAGGAGCAAGCUGAGAGCCGAGGCGUAG